AUGUCAGAUUCAAAGCAAGCAGCUCGUGAUGAAACCAACUACCGAUUGGGAAUCUCCUCCAAGAGUUCAGAGAUUCUUCAGAAAGCAGGUAGCGGUUCCGCAAAGAAAAGAGGGAAAUCACACACACCAAGCGAAGUCAAGUUUCCCAGCCCAGAUGAAGAGAGAACAAUGGACACUGCUGGGAGAGAAUCCGCCGACAAACGGAAACAUGCCACGGAGCAAAUUGCCAAACAUUACAGAGACAGCUCCUGA